AUGCCAGGCUUGUCGCCAGAUUUGGGUUGCAAUCGUUUGCCUAUAAUAGAAGGGUACAAGCCUGUACAACAAAGCCCACGGCGAAUGAGUGCAGACACAGCAGCAGCAGUCAAGAAAGAGGUUCAAAACAUGUUCCAAGCCGGUAUUAUCCGACCAGCUAAAUACUCUCAAUGGUUGUCAAACAUAGUACCAGUGCGGAAGAAGAAUGACAAAAUUCGCGUGUGUGUGGACUACAGGAAUCUGAAUGUGGCAACACCGAAAGAUGUUUAUCCUAUGCCCGUGGCGGAUAUGUUAGUCGAUGCAGUCGCAGGACACGAACUACUAUCUUUUAUGGACGACACAACUGGUUAUCACCAGAUUCCUGUUUAUGAACCAGAUAGACACAAAACGGCGUUUAGAUGUCCAGGGUUAACUAGAGUGUUUGAAUAUAACAAUAUGCCAUUUGUGCAUGAAAGAGAUAUUGAAGUCGCUGAGGAUAAGGCAAGGGCGGUUCUAGACACGCCGGCACCUAGGAACAAGAAGGAACUUCAGUGUUUGCUUGGGAAAAUAAACUUCCUUCGAUGCUUCAUUUCUAAUUCCGCUGGCAAAACCGCAGUCUUUUCGCCUUUGCUGAAGCUUAAAGCGGAUCAAGAGUUUCAGUGGGGACCUGCGCAACAAGCAGUUUUUGAUAAAAUCAAGGAAUACCUUACUCAUCCACCUGUUCUUAGACCCUCACGGCCUGGAGUACCGCUGAAGCUAUACAUCUCAGCAUCCCCUUACUCAAUUGCAGGACUCUUAGCACAAGAUGUGGUGGUGGCACAAACAGAUUUAGUGAAGUAUAUGCUUACUAGACAUAUGCUUAGGGGUCGGAUUGGCAAAUGGAUCUUGGCGUUAUCAGAGUUUUCUUUACAGUAUACACCUUUAAAGGCGCUCACAGGACAUGCAGUGUCCGACUUUUUGUUGCAGCAUCCUAUUAUGGAGGACGUUGAAGACCAGAACGUGCUAGAAUGGAAGUGCACUAACAAUCAGGCAGAAUAUGAGGCCAUCAUCAUUGGCCUGGAGCUGUUACUUGAUCUGGAGGUCACCGAGUUAGAGAUAUUAGGCGAUUCACUCCUAGUUAUUAACCAGCUCAAGGGUGUCUAUAGAUGGCGUUCGCAAGAGGAUUUUGAGGGUUCAGAGACGCACAUUACCUUCCUUUAUGACAAGGAAAGAGAUUGGCGGCAACCGAUUAUCCAGUACCUCACUGAUCCUUCUGCACCGGUGGACAAGAGGGUUAGAUAUUUUGCUACUAACUACGUCCUUCGAGGCGGUGAACUGUUGCGCAGGGCAGAAGAUGGCUUGUACCUGCGAUGCAUCUAUGGAGGUGAGGCUAAGAGGUGUUUACGGGAGGUUCAUUGUGGCAAUUGUGGUUCUCACAAAGCUGGUCCAAAGAUGUGGUGGCUCAUUCGUCGCUAUGGUUUCUAUUGGCCUACCAUGCUCAAGGACUGCAUCAGCUUCGCGCAGGGUUGCAUAGAAUGUCAAAUGCAUGGGCCAGUCCAGCAUGUGCCUGACGUUCCUCUGCAACCAAUCAUUAAACCUUGGCUAGGUCGCGGCUGGGCUUUAGACUUUAUUGGGGAGAUUCAUCCCAAUUCUUCCUUACAGCACAAGCACAUUCUACUGGCUACAUAUUUCUUCACCAAGUGGGUCGAGGCUAUACCAGUCAGGACGACAUCUUCAGAGGGGGCAUGUUUCAUGGCUGAAAAGACUCAGAAAUUCUUAGCGGGCUAUGGGAUCAAGUUUCUGCAUUCCAGUCCUUAUUAUGCUCAAGCGAAUGGUCAAGCAGAAGCUAGCAACCGCGUCAUUAUGUCUAUACUCAAACGAAUGUUGGAUGCAAAUCCGCGAUCUUGGCACACAGAGUUGGAUCACACGUUAUGGGCUUAUAGAACUUCCAAACGCACUCCAACUGGUACUACACCUUAUGCCUUGAUGUAUGGACAUGAUGCAGUCCUUCCUAUUGAGAUUAAUGGUCAGUCGCUGAGGGUUCGCGAGCAGCACCAGCUGAUUGGUGAAGACUAUGUUCAGGCUAUGUAUCAAGAGCAUGAGGACUUAGACUCUCGAAGGAUGGAAGUUCUCGACAGCCUUAUUGCAGAAAAGAAAAAGAUAGCACGGCUAUAUGACAAACGCACGAGAGGACGCAACUUUGGAGUUUGUGACUUAGUUUGGAAAGCUUUUUUGCCGUAUGGUGAGCGAGUUGAUGGUCGUGGUAAAUAG